AUGGCAAGUCAAGCCUCCAGACGCGCAGAGAGUAGUACCCAUACGCGAUCCUUUACUGGAUGUGGUACGUGUCGGAACCGCCAUGUGAAAUGUGACGAAGCGCGACCAACAUGUUCUAUGUGCGCAGAGUAUGGAUUGUCAUGCGCUGGAUACAAAAAUGACAUCUUCUUCGAUACAGAGUUUCCAGACAAUCGCAUUCGCUUUCGACGCCCUCUCUUGACAGAAAAAGAGCGCCAACGAAUGAGUCAAUGGCUUAUAUCGGCGGCUCCUCCUAGAUCAACAAAUCGACUUCUCUUGAGAUUAGAUGAAGAGGUUGAAAGCCAUGAAAAUAAUGGGGAAGAAAUACAGCUCGUGGUGGGUCCAUUUGGGGUGUUCAAAUCCCAUAAACACCAUAAUGAGCAGUCGUCGCUCUUUGAGGAUGCUCCUGCAGAGCAUGACGUUAUAGAGUCUUGCACUAGCAGCCCUCCGCAAGAGAUAUCACAGAUUCUUGAUCCAUUUACACCGGUCCCAGAUAUUUCGCAAUGGUCUCCUGGAUUUAUGGAAUCGCUCCUUGAGCGCUCAGAACAAGACACCAGCCCAGUCACGUCAGAUCUACUGGAUAUGGUAAUUGAGCAGAGUCAUCUGGAAAAUACACCAAUGACGUCUCAAGAAUACCAACUCAACACCUUUCUUCCGAAUCCCUACUGUAAUUCAUUAUCUCAUACCUCUAUAAUGUCUCCUCCAAGCGUUACCAGCGCUGUCCCACCCGAUGCGGUAUUUCUCCUGAGGCAUUAUUCGUCGAAAGUGAUAAGCCUCAUGACUCCGGUUCGACAUAAAAAGACCCCUUGGCAUAUUUUAUUCAUUCCUCAUGUCAAGAAUUGUCUUGCUGCGUUGGCACUCGGCGAGGAUUUGAAUAACGCUAGUUUGUGCACUUUCUUCGGUACUCUAGCCAUCAGCGCCUUCAGCUUAGGCGGCGUAUCUCGCUCAGAAAGCUGGCUUGAGCAAGGAAAGACAUAUCUUCAGCGCGCGAGUGAACAUGCAAAAGCAAUGCUGAUAACCGCCUACGAUGUUCCAAAACCAGCAAAAUACAAAUCUAUACUGAUGGGUAUCCUCACUAUGAUACAGGUGUCUAACUUUUCUGGAAACCGUCAUCAAGCUGAGGGAUACUUUUUAGAAGCUGAGAAGAUUAUCCGAUUGAAAGGCUUGAAACGCAAAAAGUCUCGCAAAGUCCGUCUAUUACAUCAUUGUUAUGUAUUUGAACGUAUGUUUCAUGAGAGCAUAUUCAUAUGUGGUGCUAACUCUGUCCAACGCCAUCACCUCCGUCGGGCAAUUGAGUCGAGCGGUCUUUCUCGCUGUAGUGUUGAUGGACUUUCCUUCCGUCUGUACAAAUGGCAAAAUCUGCAACAGGAGAUGGAGCGUGUGAGAGGUCGCGAGGAAGGUGAGAAUGACCUUCACCUUGAGCGACCAGGACUUUUUUCUGCAACAUUAUACCCUGAGAUAUUUGGGGUUCCUGAGGCAUGGCUAGUACUUCUUUCUUCGGUGAUCCGACUGGGAGUGGAGAAAGAUGGAGCCGAGCAAGAUAUCGAUGGUGAUGGUCUCAAUUUGAAAGAUUAUAUUAGUCGGGCGAAGGCUUUAGAGGACUACAUCAAUCAGCUCCAACGACCGAGUCAGAUGUCAUUCUCAUCUGCAACUCAUCAAUCAAAGGUUGAUCAACAUAUUCUGGAAAAUAUGCUUGAGGCAAUGCGGAAUGCCUUGGUCAUUUAUUUCUACAGGCGUAUAUAUGACUUGAAUGCGUCGAUGUUGCAGGAAAAAGUGGCCAAUGUGCGUGACUGUUUACUGCAAUGUGAAUAUGCGGACUCCAGUGUCGUCCAUGGAUCUGCGGGUUUUAUCUGGCCUGCUUUCAUUGCAGCAUGUGAAGCCGAGGACCCUGGGGUACAAAGUUCAUUUUCAUCAUGGUUUGAGAUAUCAGCAAGUCGCAGUGGUCUUUCCUGUUUCAAUCAAACACUAGAUUCAAUCCACAGGAUAUGGGAAGAGAAGUCGCGUGGAUCUAGAAGUAGUAUCACUUGGUUGGAUCUGAUGAAGAGAGCAGGUUAUCAACAUCACGGGCUAGUAAUUUGA